AUGGCAUCGAAAUUACCAUCCGUUCUGAGCGCGACAGAGGAAGAGAUCCAGCUCCUCCUCGCUGCCCAAUGCCAUAUUGGCACCAAAAACUGCGACAAGCAGAUGGAACCGUACGUGUGGAAGCGACGUGCUGACGGCAUCCACAUCUUGAACAUUGGAAAGACUUGGGAAAAGCUCGUCCUUGCUGCUCGUGUUAUCGCUGCUGUUGAGAACCCCAACGAUGUUUGCGUUAUCUCUGCCCGCCCUUACGGACACCGUGCCGUUCUCAAAUUCGCCGCCAACACUGGUGCUCAGGCCAUUGCUGGACGCUUCACACCUGGUUCCUUCACCAACUACAUCACCCGUUCGUUCAAGGAGCCCCGUCUCAUCAUUGUCACCGAUCCCCGUGUCGACCAUCAGGCUAUCCGUGAGGCCUCUUAUGUGAACAUCCCUGUUAUCGCUCUCUGCGAUACCGAUGCCCCCCUCAAGUUUGUCGAUGUUGCCAUCCCCACAAACAACAAGACCAGACAUUCCAUCGGUCUCAUCUGGUGGCUCCUUGCCCGUGAAGUUCUCCGUCUCCGCGGCACUAUCUCCCGCUCUACAAGCUGGGACGUUAUGGUUGACAUGUUCUUCUACCGUGAUCCUGAAGAGGUUGAGAAGCAGCAGCAAGAGGAGGCUCAGGCCAAGCUUGCCCUCCAGCAGGGUGAUGUUGAGGCUGCUGCCCCCGAAUGGGAUGUUUCCAGCGGCGCUCCCGGUGCUGUUAAUCCUGCUCUCGUUGGCGAGGGUGGUGCUCUUGACUGGUCCGCUGACCCUCAACCCGGUAAUACUGACUGGUCUACUGAGCCCGCUGCCGGAGGAUGGGGUGCUGAGGCCCCUGCCACCGGCACCGGAGGAUGGGAGUAG